AUGGUACCAGGCAACGAUACACGAAUUUCACAAUUUCUUCUUCAGGGAUUAGCAAAAGAACCAGCAUUGCAGCCCAUCAUAUUUGGGCUUUUCCUCUCCAUGUACCUGGUCACCGUGUUUGGAAACCUGCUCAUCAUCUUGGCCGUCAUCUCGGACUCCCACCUCCACACCCCCAUGUACUUCUUUCUCUCCAACCUGUCCUUUGUAGACAUCUGUUUCACCUCCACCACCAUCCCAAAGAUGUUAGUAAAUAUAAAGACCCAGAGCAAAGUCAUAUCCUAUGAAGGCUGCAUCAGCCAAAUGUAUUUUUACAUACUCUUUGCAGUGGUGGAUGAUUUUCUUCUGACUGUGAUGGCCUAUGACCGCUUCUUGGCCAUCUGCUGCCCCCUGCACUACACGAUCAUCAUGAACCUCCGGCUCUGUGGACUGCUGGUGCUGGUCUCUUGGAUCAUAAGUGGCCUGCAUUCCCUGUUAGAAAGCUUACUUGUGCUGCGACUGUCCUUCUGUACAGUCUUAGAAAUCUCCCACUUUUUCUGUGAAAUCAAACAGGUUAUCCAACUUGCCUGCUCUGACACCUUUCUUAACAACAUCAUGAUAUAUUUUAUGGUUAUGCUUCUGGCUGUUGUUCCCCUCUCUGGGAUCCUUUACUCAUACACCAAGAUCGUUUCCUCCAUAUGUGGAAUCUCAUCAGCUCAGGGGAAGUAUAAAGCAUUUUCCACCUGUGCAUCUCACCUCUCCAUUGUCUCCCUAUAUUAUUGUUCAAGCCUAGGACUGUACCUUAGCUCUGCUGGAACCCACAGCUCACAGUCAAGUGCAAGAGCCUCGGUGAUGUACACAGUGGUCACCCCCAUGUUGAACCCCUUCAUCUACAGUCUGAGGAACAAAGACAUAAAGAGGGCUCUGAAAAGAGUUGUUCAGAUGGCAGUUAUAAAAAGGCAAAUUGUUGUAGGUCUGACGAAGUACUUUUGA